GAAAAAUACUUUUCAGGUGUAAAAUCUCUGCCUCGCUUUCGAUGAACACGGGACAAAAAAAGUUUUCAUUUUGGACUAAAUAAGGGAAAGCAAUCUUUCUUUGGACAAUCGGGUAAGAAAAAAAAAAUCGAUACAUUUUAAUCAAUAGUUGACAACAUUGCCAAGUUGUUUAAAAAUCAGCGAUAGCGAAUAUCUGCUAAAACUGCUGUGCUGAUGUUUUUCAACCAACUUUUUGCACUCCAUUGCUUUGCACGCUAAUGUAUGUCAUUAUUCUGCAAUAACAUUAUUAUUCAUUAUUAUUAUAUAUUAUAUAUAUAUAUAUAUGAUACAAAUUACUCAAUUGAAUGAUGGGAAAUUUUUGCCAAAGAUUUUCAGGGCUUGAUUUGAAGGCAUUAUGUAACACUGAGUCCGAUUCGGUGAGAAGACUUGCAGGAUUUCAGCCUCAAGCAGGCCACGAACUUUUCGGGUUGACCGAGCGCCUGCGUUGGGGCCACCGAAUUCUUGGAGCGGGUCCCGGGCCGGGGUGGGACUUUUUGCGGCAGCCUCCCUUGACGAGGCGAGAGGAGAUGUUGACAUGCGAUUCUCCAGCCAAUCAGAAGGUCACCUCCCUGUCUGGAUUUGGUGGGCGACAAGAGUAUAUAAUGGCGCCCGCGUCGGGGGCAAAAAGGCAGAAGUGACAAAGUCGUCGGAAGGACCAACUGAAGAACUCCAACUUGGACAUCGAGACAACAUGAAGACUCUCAGCCUGCUCGCCAUCUGCGCCCUCCUCUCGGUCUGCUGGGCCACGGGAGUCGUCGAGUCUUACGCGGACCACGACGGCGACGCUGACCACUCAGACAACGGUGACCUCGCCGAUGCCGGCGACAACGGAGACGCCGCCGACAACGCCGACUCUUCGGCGUCCGAUUCUUCCGACUCAUCGUCAGACUCAUCCGAUUCGGACUCUGACUCCAAUUCAGACUCUGACUCUGAUUCCACCUCUGACUCUGACUCUGACUCUGAGUCUGAUUCCGACUCUGCCUCAGAUUCCUCUUCUUCUUCCUCUUCCUCCGAGUCAGCCAGCACUGAAGCCUCUCAAGAUCACUCUCAGGACGACUCUCACGUGGUUAUGAAGCGGGACGUCGCUUCCGUUCUGCUGAGGACAAGACGCCAGGCGCCCCUCUCCCUCUACCACAUGGAGCGCCUGAGAGAGGUUUGCGAGCUGAACGCGGGCUGCGACGAGAUGGCGGAGACCCAAGGCGUCGUGGCGGCCUACACGGCCUACUACGGACCGCCGCCCUUCUAAGCCUCACCUGCGCGUGUCUCUCGUUCAGAGAGAUUCGGGUUUGGACCACGUUGUGAUCGCGCAGACGGUCACAAACAUUUUGCACAAACCACGUCCAGAAAGGUGCACAUAAAUUCCGCAGUGGCCCAAAAGUUUGCGCAGCCCUCCCUUCGCAUUAACACGAUGAAUGGCGCUAAAAUGUUUUUGAAUGAUUGUAUUGACAUAUUUAUGCCGUGCUUCAGCAGCCGCUCUAGUAAUGAGCUCUUAGGUGUACGGUACGUAGCGUUAGCGGCUGUGUACAGCGUUUGUGAAGUGUACGUGAAUAAUCUGCCAUGGCUGUAACGACACGU